AUGAUAAAAAUUUAAGAAUUAAAAAAUCAAAAGGAUUUAAAAUUACUCAAAUAAUCAUAUAUAAUUAAUGUCAGGCAGUUAUGAUAAUACAAUUAUUAUAUGGGAAAUGAAUAGCAACAAUAAAUGAAAUUUUAAAUUUAGUCUAGAUGGUCAUGGAGGAGGAAUAUACUAUCUAGGUUUAACUAAUAAUGAGAUUAGAUUAUAUCUGGUAGUGUUGAUAAAUCAAUAAAGGUUUGGGAUAAAGAUUAGGAAUGGAAAUGCAAUGAAACAUUAUAUGUACAGAUUAAUGAAAUAACUAGUAAUAGUCUAAGUUAAUCUAAUUAAUAUUUUGUUUCAUGUUCAAGAAAAGAUGAUUAAAAUAUCAUUUUUAACUUGGACAAAAACAUGGAUUUAAUUUUAAACAAUAAAAGUUGAUAUAAAGUUUGAUUUAUAGAGAACUUAAUUUUUUUAUUUGACCAUUCAACAAUGCAAAAAUGUACAUCUUUUCAAUAAAUAAUUCAAAUGAUUAAUUUAUUAAGUAAAGAGAAGUAGAAGUAAAAGCAGGAGAUAAUUAUUAUCGCUUCUUUCCCUUACAAUUUAUAGAUUCAAAUUUAAUGAUAGUUAACAGAAACGGAAGUACAGUUAAUUUGAUAAGAAUAUAAGAAAAUUUAUCAUAUAGCACAUAAUUUUUAUUGAUUAUGAAGCGGAAACAAUUUUUGGUACCAUGAGUGAUGAUGGAUAAUAUUUGAUUACAUGGGAUAAGUAAUCUUAAGAAAUUUAGAUAAGUAAAUACAGAGAAUGA